CCCCCCAAUCUUUUCUCCUCGAUCAGCGAAUUCCCCGUGGGACCGACGGCGACGUUGCCCGCAGGCACAUCGUGGAUUCGUCGUCGUCGUCGUCGCCAUGUGUCAGCGCGCUGGCGUCCGGAUCACACAAGUGUGCGGGUGGGUGGCCGCCACACGCUCGCUGCGUGCUCGCCUCCUCCUUCCCCCCCACCUCUUCCAGUUCCCACCUUCCCACCUCCCCUCUCGGUCGUCGUCUCCCUUCCUCCCUCCUUCCCCUCCAAUCUUGCAGGUCGAGCCGUCGAGGUGACUGACCACCUGGUGACCUGGAGCAGCAGAUCGGGUAGCGGCGAGAAAGGUUUCGCGGGGGGUUCAGGUGAACCCCCAUGCCCCAAGUGAGUAGACAUUUGUGUGAUGCAGGAACCAGAAUCUGGGCAUGGUGGCAGACACUGAGAGCUCAGGGUCGCUGGGUGGCAGUUCAAAUGCUGCUUCCGAGAAGGCCGUUGAUGGGUCUGUCGACAAAAGAUCUCAGGAAAAGGCUCCAAAGAAAACUCAUAAAGCAGAACGAGAGAAACUUAAGCGUGACCAGUUGAAUGACCUUUUUGUUGAGCUCAGCAGUAUGCUUGAUCCUGAACGACAGAAUAGUGGAAAGGCUACCGUGUUAGGGGAUGCUGCACGAGUCCUGAGAGAUCUUGUUUCUCAAGUAGAAUCUCUCAGAAAAGAACAGUCUGCUCUUCUAACUGAACGUCAAUACGUCGGUUCAGAGAAGAAUGAGCUGCAUGAAGAGAAUAGCAUGCUCAGAGCCCAGAUAUUAGAACUGCAUAACGAGCUUUGUGCAAGGAUGGGAAGCAACAGUCUCAAUCCAAGCAAUCCUGUGAUGUCACAACCAGUAGCAAACAAUAGCACUAACUCAGCAACUCAACCCAUCCCACAUCAGAUUUGGCGCAAUGGUCCAAAUUUAAGCAAUCUAGCAAUGGUGCACCCAGCAAGCACAUUGUCUCCAUUGCACAAUCAGCACCAUCAUUCUGCUGGUGUCGUUGGCCAGGUUUACGCGUCCCGGCCUCAGGAGCUGCAGCUCUUUCCAGGGACCUCAGUAUCGAUGGAGCGAGAACAGUCCCGACUUGGAACCACCCCAGCUGCUUCUUCAGGCCUGACGGACUCGUUGCCAGGGCAGCUUCGCCUCAGUCUCCCACAAUCUUCUCAAGAAGAAAGCAGCAGUGGCAGCAAAAAAGGUCGAAAAAAGGGCUAGCCAGUUGACACUUGACAGUGCUAGAAAAAUCAAAGAUCAAUACUUGUGUGAAUGGUAACAGUUACUCUCUCUUGUAAAUACUGCAAAGGCGAAGCGCUUACUGAUACAGACCUACUGGGAUAGUUGAUCUCUACUGUAAUUUGACCUACUGGGAUAGUUGAUCUCUACUGUAAUUUGUAUUUGUAGUGCUUGCUCUGAAACUUAGAUCACAUUUGACUAUAGUUUUGCUCCAGGCGUUGUCAAAGCUGUAAGCUAGCACUUUCAGUCCUUUUUACGAAUAUGCUGCCUAUGUUACGGAGUUGUUUACCUGGAAGAGAAAGAAAAAGGAUGCAAUUUGAUAGCAGUGCUGACUGAAUCAUGCAUGAUAAUGAUAUAUGAUCCCUGUCAUGAGGUCACCAGAAUGAGAUCGUAUGUUC